UUGGAGUACCCCUACAGUGUUGUGAACGAUGGCGGCUAGCUGUUACGACUCGGAUGACAGUUCACUUCCAAAUGACUCUGGAUAUUGGACAAACUCUGCUGGCUUUGAUAAUGAGGAAGAGCUCAGUGACAUAGAAAAUAGUGACUUGGACUUGUCAGAGAGUGACGGAGAUGACACUGCCAGUUCUGAAUCGGAUGAUGAGAACAAACUGCAACAGCCAUGCAAAUUCUACAAUAAUGGGGACUGCAGAGAAGAAAAGAAGUGCAAAUUUCUUCAUGUUUGUAAAUAUGACUUCAAAGGGAGAUGCAAAAAAGGCUCAAGAUGUGUCCUGAAACAUAGAAGACCAAGAGGACAAAGUUCGGAUUCUAGUGAGGAUGAAAGCAGUGGAAGUCGUUCCUCUAGUGAGCCACAAAGAACAAAGGACAAGCCGUAUCAGUGGCAAAUAAACAGUGGAGAUGGUUGGAGAAAUAUCGAAAAUGACUUUGUUAUUGAAGCUCAGUAUUCACUGCCAAAUUCCAAGGGAAUUAAACUGUAUAAUACACCAUAUGGAGUUGUUAAUAUAGAUUUCAACAAAAUGCGGGUCAAUAAAAAAAAUUUAAGAAUACGCCGAAAGACCUUUGAAGACUGCACAAUAAAACCAAUUUGGUUAUGGUACUGCCGAUCUAAUCGUCGCUGGAUUCUGUUCGAAGAGAAGAAUUCCAAGAGUACCAGUAACUCCUCAGCCCCAAGUAGCGAUGACAUUGAAAGUCAUUAUCAACAACGAAGUACAGGACGACUUAUAUUCACAAUUGGACAAAACCAAUAUGAAUUAAACUUCCGAGAAAUGAAACAAGUUAACCUGACAUCUGGACAUAAAAGAAAAAUUGUUCGUCGGCCAACAUUUAUAGCUUGUAAGAACAAAUCUGGGAAAGACAGCAAACCUAGGCCUUCCUCAGCGCGCCGGCAACUUACUGUUUCAUCUGGAGGUUCAGCACCACUCUGGCAGUUUCAAGGGGACAGUGGAAAGUGGUACGACUUUAAGCACAGG